AUGUUGCAGGAUGAUUUAUUUCGCCUAUGCUCGUGGGUGUUUUCGCAGAGAGAGUCAGUUAUAAUUUUGGGGGACCUUAAUCUUGACAGACUUAAGCUAAAUAGCAGAGAAGGAAAGAUACUUCAAGAUAUAGAAGAUAUAUUUGAUUUCACUUGCCUGAUACAAGAACCCACACGAAUUACACCCACCACAAGUACUCUACUUGAUGUUAUCCUUACAAAUAAGGCCGAUAUGUUUGACCAUUCUGGAGUAAUUGAUUUAGGACUCAGUGAUCACACACUGAUUUAUGGGUUCCUUAAACCAAAAGUGAAACGAUAUCCUAUGAAAAUAAUUUCAUUUAGAAGGGCAGUAAAGAUGAAUGAGUUGGAAAUGAAGAAAGAUAUGGAGGAGGCUAUGCGUGCACUUAAUUCUGAUAAUACACUACCAGUUGAUGAGCAAUGUAAACGGUGGAACACUGAGGUAAAUAACGUGCUUGAUAAACAUAUGCCUCUUAAAAGCAUGAGGGUAAGAGCAAAAGACGUACCAUAUAUUACUGCUGAAUGGAAACAAGCAAUUAGGAAGAAACGUAAAUUUGCCAAGAGACAUAAGAAAUUGCAAACUGAGGAAAGUUUGGCAGAAUUGAGGAAGUGGAGAAAUGCAGCUACACGAAUUAGAAGGAGGGCAAUCAGGAAAUACUGGAGAGAGAAAGCAGAAGAUCUUAAAACCAAUCCCAGAAACUUUUUCAAUGCAUUUGCCCCUUUCAUUAGAAAUAAAGGAAAAGAGAACACGACUAUAUCCUUGCAAGUCGAUGACAAAAUCGAGCAUGACCAACGUGAAGUUGCGCAAGUAUUGGCAAACUAUUUUUCCACUAUCGCGGAUAAAAUAGGAGACAUACAUAUUGAUUCUUGAAACCUCAGCAUUAAGAACCAUAGUAGUGUUAAGAAAAUCCAUCAAAAAUGGUCACAAAAUUCGUUUAGUUUCAGAGAAAUCACACAGACAGAGGUUUUGACAGCAUUGCAGCAACUAAACCCCAACAAGGCUACUGGUCAUGACUUCCUACCUCCCAAGGCGCUGAGAAUUACUGCAGAGGAGAUAUCUGGCUCGCUCACUACCAUCUACAAUCAGGUACUUGCACACGGAGUUUGGCCUGCGGAUUGGAAAUGGGGAGAAUGGAUUCCAAUACAUAAAAAAGAUGAUCACUUAUCGAAGGAAAACUACAGACCGGUUACUAUAUUGAUCGCUGUUGAUAAAGUGUUCGAACAGCUUCUGUGCAAGCAACUAUGUGAAUUAACAGAUAAGAUUUUUGAUGAUUUUAUGUCCGCGUAUAGGAAAUCGUAUAGUUGCGAGACCACUCUAAUUCGUCUGGUGGAGGACUGGAAACAUGCACUCGAUCAUAAUAAAGCCGUAGGAGUAUUAUCAUCAGAUAUGAGUAAAGCUUUUGAUUCCAUGUAUCCACCAUUGCUGCUCUCCAAACUUCAAGCAUAUGGUAUGUCAAAUAGUUCCUUGGCAAUCCUAGAAUCAUACUUUAAGGACCGUAAAAACAGG